AUGGUCGCCCAGUUCAAUGACUUUGACAAGUCACUGCAGGAGGUGAACUCCAGCUUGGAGACUUUUGUGCGAGGCAUCCAUGAGCUGGCCACGGGUGUACAGAGCCUGUCUGAUGGUUUGUCCGAGCAGCUCAAGCUGGCACAGGAUCGCAUUCUGGUGACGGAGGGCUGCCGGCUGCGCGAAGCCGCGCAGAACAUCGCACGCCAGGACGCUCCACACAGUGCGGUGGCGCGGUUCAACCGGAACAUGGAUUUCAACAUCACAGCUCCGCUUAAGGACCACUUGGCCAACAACGAAAAGUUGCGGAAGGAGCUGGAGAAACGGGACAUGUGCCUGGCUGCGCUGAAAGAGGCGUUAAAGCAGGUGGAGCUUUGCGAUGCCCAUGCGUUGCAAGAUGCAGAUCUCCGGCGGAAGUUGGCCAAGUCGGAGUUCCAAGCUUCCAAGGCUAGUUUCGAGCGAAUCAAUCGAAGCGUCUUCGAGUGGCUCUACACACUGGAAGAGCACAGGGAUGACAUCUUGGAUUCUUGUCUUCAGACCUUGAAGCAUCUGCAGUACGACUUUUUAGCUUCUGCUGCCCACUCCAUCUCUGAUGUGCUGCCGGAGCGUAUGGCUUUUCGCCGCAUGACCGAGAUGAUGCCGGAGUGCCUGGAGGCCCAUGUACAGCAGGAGCUUCGUGACACUCAGGACCCAGAGCUGUCUCAGGAAGGCGGAGAGACUUUUGCCCUUCGCCUGGUGGAGCGACUGGCGCGGGAGGGCAAGGAGCGACCAGGUGCUGCUCCUGAGUCUGCUCCGAGCUCGCAGCCUGUAGACCCAUUGUCGCUGUCGUCGCUGCUGUCCCACGGCUUUGAGGAGGGGCCGGCUCGCCGCGCCCUGCGGCAAACGGGCAACGACACGCAGGCCGCCAACACAACACAUCUCAAAGACACCAAGUGCAAUGAGUAG